ACACAAGUCAAAAUCUGAUUCUGUCCUCUUGAACCAGUAUGUUAUUAAAAACCUCAGUAUAUUUCCAUCUUUUCACCUCUUGUUUUACAUGCCCUAUAUAUGCUAAUAUAAGGAUAGACAUGAGUUCAUUUGAUCACCGAGUCUCAUUUUCUUAUAGAGCAAAAAUGGUGGGUAGACAAGGCAGAAAAAGGUCAGGUUCUUGCUGCUUUUUUUAUCCAUCAGAAGAAGAAAAUAUAGCUGCAGAUUUACCGGAUACAAUUACAAAUCAAAGAAGGCCUGCAGGAUGGAGAGCUAUGCCUUUCGUCUUAGGUGCAACCCAUCCCUCUCUCUCUCUCCCUCACGUUAAGUGUAUUGUAGCUAUACCUACGUCACAUUUCUGGCACUGGUUGUUUAACGUGUUUAUUAUUAAAAGGGUGUGGCGUUUCCCAUGUGCAGGAAAUGAAACGUUUGAGAGAUUGGCGUCGUUCGGAUUGAUGGCAAAUUUUAUGGUGUAUCUUCAGAGGGAGUAUCACAUGGACCAGGUUCAAGCAGCUACCAUCCUUAACAGCUGGUCUGGUGCGUCCAAUUUCGCGCCGGUUAUUGGUGCCUAUGUCUCGGAUGCAUAUAUCGGCAAAUUCUGGACCAUUGUUUUCGGAUCCUUUUCAUCUCUCGUGGGAAUGAUGAUAAUGACUUCAACAGCUUUGUUACCACAGCUGCGUCCUCCACCAUGUGCCCAUGAAGAACAACUACAUGGCCAUUGCAUAGGCUACAAUAAAGCCCAACUUGGCAUUUUGAUUUUUAGCUUGUGCUGGUUGUCCAUCGGCACUGGUGGAAUCAAGCCCUGCAGCAUUCCUUUCAGUGUUGAUCAAUUUGAUUUAACAACUGAAGAAGGGAGAAAAGGAAACAACAGUUUUUACAAUUUGUACUAUGCUACUCAAACAAUUGUCUUGUUGAUUACUCAAACAAUUGUGGUUUAUAUCCAAAAUGAUAUUAGCUGGGCCUUAGGCUUUGCGAUACCAACCCUUUGCAUGCUCUUUGGUAUUGUUUUGUUCUUUGUUGGAACAAAAAUUUACAUAUACAUAAAGCCAGAAGGAAGUGUUUUCGCUGGUGUAGCACAAGUGUUUGUGGCCGCUUACAAAAAAAGCCAUCUUAAUCUUCCAGCUGAUGGAGUAAAUGGACAAUUCUAUGAUCCUCCAUUGAAGAGAAGGUUGCUUCCAGAACUCCAUCUCACCAGACGGUACAGUUGCUUAAAUAAAGCGGCUCUAAUCGCGGGUGAUGAAGUAAACCCUGAUGGUUUUUGUGUCAAUCCCUGGAGGCUCUGUAGUAUCCAACAAAUUGAAGAUGUUAAAUGCCUUGUAAACAUUAUCCCAAUUUGGCUUACCAGCAUACUUGGCUUCCUUGCCAUGAAUCAACAAGGAACAUUCACGGUAGCACAAGCCCUGAAGAUGGACCUGCAUUUUGGUCCCAGCAUCAAGAUCCCUGCUGGUUCAGUUGGUGUCAUUACACUGAUUGCAAUUGCAAUAUGGCUACCGUUUUAUGAUAGAGUUCUCGUACCAGCGCUUGAAAAAAUCACAAAGCUAGAAGGUGGGAUCACACUUCUCCAAAGAAUAGGAAUUGGGAACCUUUUCUCAAUCCUAACAAUGUUAGUUUCCGGAUUCAUUGAAACCAAGAGAAGGCAUUCAGCCCUUUUGCACGGUGGACCUGAUGGAGUUGCUCCAAUGUCAGUCAUGUGGCUAACUCCCCAGCUUAUCCUGAUUGGCUUCUCCGAGAUAUUCAGUAUCGUUGGACUAAUAGAAUUUUACAACAAGCAGUUCCCUGAGCAUAUGAGGAGCAUCGGAAAUUCUCUAAUCUAUCUCACCUUUUCUUUGGCAAGCUACGCAAGUAGCUCCGUGAUCACUGUUGUGCAUAAGGUCACUGGAAAGCAAGGCUCCAACUGGUUGUCCAACGAUAUCAACACAAGCAAAUUGGACUUUUUCUAUUUCCUAAUAGCAGGGAUAUCUUUACUGAACUUCGGUUUCUUUCUGUUCUGCGCUCGAAGAUAUCAAUACAAGGGUAGUGUGAAAAUCAUGUAAAAGCAGAAUUCUGCCUGGAACUUGAUUUAUUCUGCUUAUUUGCAUAUGAAGUAGAGAUCCGGACAAAUAGCACAGCUUAAAGUAACAGAAAAAUGGAAAAAUAACUUGGGAUAGAAGUAAUGUAGUCAAGUAAUAAACGAAGUUCUAGUUCCAUCUUGUCUGAAAUGCAUAAUUCUUAAAUCACUUGAAACAUUGUUUAGCAUUUUUUCUUCUUAAAUCAUGUUUUGCAUAUAAGAGUUCAUUCGGAGCAUCUGGUACACCAGGAAGACUAGGGAGUAUUAAUUAGAUAUUCUGACAGUCAUUUGUGCAUCAAAAUGACCUGUGUUUUAUGUAACCGAGAUUCACUCUAUAUUAAUUAGAUAAAAAA